AUGUCUUUCAGCGUAAAGUUCCCCCCAACAAAAAAAUACAUUUUCGAGAAAAGUGACGAAGAAUGUCGAAAACUUGCAGAGACACUCAGAAGCACCGGAGAAGUGUUCGUUGAUCCAGAAUUUCCUCCCAACGGGGCAUCACUCGGCACAAUAGAAGAUAGAAAAUAUUUCGAGAAAUCAGACGCUCCAUGGUACGCGCCUCAUGAGUUCGACAAAAACUGGAGUGUUUAUAACGAUCCAUGGCCGUUUGAAAUCGCACAAGGAGACAUGGGAGACUGUUGGCUGAUAGCUGUUUUGAUGUGUAUUGCUCAGAGGAAAGAGAUUCUGGAGCAUGUUCUACCACCGCGAGAUUACAAUUUCGAUUGUGGAAUUGUACAGGUUCGAUUGUUCAUCGAUGGAGAAUGGCAAGUGAUCAAAAUCGAUUAUCACAUUCCACAAAUUGAUGGGAAGGAGAGAUUUGUUGAAAGUAAUUCCAAGGAGUUCUGGGCGGCAUUCAUCGAAAAAGCAUUUGCAAAACUCGAAGGAGGUUACGCAGAACUAAAUGGAGGUCACACCGUCAGCUGGGCUUUUGAAUGUCUUACCGGAAAUCCUUGUCGUUCUAUUGCAAUUAAAAAAAAAUAUUGUCCAGACGGUUUUUGGAAAUUUCUCAUUAAGAAUAACUCUUCUAGUUAUUUGAUGGCUGCCGGAACCCACAAUGUAGAAACAGACUUGGAAAAGAAAAAAUACUUCGAAAACUCCGUUCUAGAAACAAACCACGCAUACUCUAUUCUUGAUGUCAAAGAACAAAAUGGAAACCGAUUGAUUCUUAUUGAAGUUUCCUGCAAAUAUCAUCUGGACGAUAAGAAAAUUGAAUCGAGAGUUUUCUGGCUGAAAUUUGAAGAGUUUCUGCUUUGUUUCGGUGAAUUAUAUGUCUGUAAAUAUACAGGAAUAUUAGAGAAACAGUUAUUCAGUCAAACAAUAAAAAGAACUGUGAAACAGGAUUGCCAAGUUCUUCGACUUGACACACAACAGCGUCAGACUUUCCGUAUUGAAGUCAUCUCUGAAGAAUACACACUCAAUGAUCAAGCGCACCUGUAUCUGAACAUUCAUCGUGCAACUACCAAUAACAAGUGUGGAGAAGUAUUGAUGUCAGUGGAGGAUAUAUGCUCAGGUAGAGGAGGAGCGAGUUGUGUUUUGAAUCCUGAGAUUUCUUUUUUUCUUUCUCACAACCUGAUUGAAUCAAUCACCUUGGAUCCGGGAUCCUAUUUUCUUGUAUUCAUACCAACUGAGCACAGUAACAAUGAGCAUACAUUGGACUGGACUGUUGAGAGCUCAACAACACUAGAAAAUGUCUCAAUCAGUUUUGUUAACUUUCCAUGUACGUUUCUUGUCGAAAGCCUUCAAGGAGUGAUCAUGAAGUAUGGAGAGCGAGAAGAAAUUGAAAAAGAAGAAAACGACAAAGAAAAAAUCGUAGUCUACAUAUGGAAGGAUGAUUAUUAUUCACUUGCAUUAGUAGAAAACAACUCGAACUCGGAUUACGUCAGAAUCAAAUCAAAACUGCUAGUGUCUGAUCCUGAUGACAAUGGGGAUCGUUACUACUGGAAUGUUUGGUGUACAGUACCUCCAAAUACCAGAAGCAUCGUCGCUCAUGAAAAUGCUUAUUAUGGUUCCAUUGACAAUAUAGAAGAAUUCAAAGUCAGUUCUUGGUCUCAACUACCUUCGGAUUUUCUUGGGUUUUUAAGUGAAUGGUACAAGCCCUACUUUUUCACCCCACUAUCGAUUGAACCAACCGCUGAAUCAUAA